GUUCAACCAGAGUUCAGAAAGCUGCAUGCCUCCAGACUUUAUUCUCUCUCUCUCUCUCUCUCUCUCUCUCUCUGCUUCUCUCUCUCUCUCUCCCUCUUCUUCUCUCUUCGCCCUUAAAACUGCUGCUAAAUAAUUCUGUUCUGUUGACUUAAAUUUAAUUAAGAUAUUGAAUAGGCUACGGUGGGUUAUUUCUGCUUCUUUAAAUCGCGUUUAGUUUCAGUUCAGGGCAGAAACAAAAAAAAGCUGCAGCUGCACCACGGACUGUAUUAUUUUGUGUUUGAUGGAGAUGGAUGGAUGUUUUAGUAGAUUGUGUUACAUUUCAUUUUUUUCCCCUCGAAAAUGCUGCAGACAGGACCAUCCAUUAAGUGAAUAAUAGGCUGUUCCUUAUUAAUACGCACAGGCCUAGUGUAAUAAUGUAAUCUCAGGAAAACACUAUUUAUAAAAAAGGGUAAAAGUAAGGUAUUUAAUUUUGUAUUUUUAUGAAAUGUAUUUUCUAAUUUUGGGCCUUUGUUUAUGCGUAGAUUGAUUAUUAUUUUUAUAUGUUCUUGUUGCCAUUAUUGUGAAUAUUUUUUUAAGACGAACAAAAGUCCUAGGAAAUAACCUUGUUCUAUAAUCUAAAAUUAUUAUAUUUCAUUUGUUUUAGCUGCAAUUAAACAAAAUAAGAAAAAUACGAUGAGCCUCGUUGUAGGCCAGUGAGGUCUACACUAAUUGUUAGGGGUAAAGAAAAGGAAAAAUGUUGAAUUUCUGCUCAGAUUUUACAAGCUCAUCCUUGAUUUGGUGUUUUCUCGAGGGUUUAUUAUCACGAACUCUGAUUUUCUCCGUGGCCUCUCGGGCCUGGAGAGGCUUGCUAUUCAUGUCAGCAUACUAUUGAGUUGAUAAGAUGGAUCGUGUGGUCUCCUCCCUGAUUCUGUCUCCGUCUUUAUUCUGCGUCCUCUCAGGCCCGAAGCUGCAGGGCUCUCUGGAAACCUGCCAUGACAUUUGGCUGCCAGCGCUCCGUCAGAGGGUCAAAGGUGCACAUUUAAUGGAAAUGCAGAAAACCAGCGCGACCCAAAACCCCCAGAAGCACCACGACUUCUUCUUCAGCGAGUCCUUGGUGGAGGAUGUCGGCGGGUUCGGGUGCGCAGCCGCACACCCACCACUGGCUCAAGUGGAGACGUUUGCGCGCGCGUUUCCCAGGAGGUCAAAACAGCAAAACCCCAAGUUCCCUGUGAGCAAAAAGAUUUUCCCCUGGAUGAAAGAGUCCAGACACUCAAGUCCGACUCCAGGCACGAGACUCGCAGACUGCGCCGUCAACGAGAAGUGUCCAAGCGCGACCCCGCCGGCCUCCAAGAGGACGCGCACCGCGUACACGAGCGCGCAACUGGUGGAGCUGGAGAAGGAGUUCCACUUCAGCCGCUACCUGUGCAAGCCGCGGCGGGUGGAGAUGGCCAGCCUGCUCAACCUCCACGAGAGGCAGAUCAAGAUUUGGUUUCAGAACCGGAGGAUGAAGCAGAAGAAGGACGAGAGGGUGCAGGGCCUCGCCGCCACCCCCCCGUCCUCCCCCUCCGCCCCGGGCAGCCCCACUCUGUCGAGCCUGGGUUAUGUCCAUCUGGGCGGGGAUUACCAGCCGGCCUCCCCUCCGCUCAAGUCCCAACAACACCUCCAGUCCCAGGCAGCGUACCCGGCGGAGUACUCCAAAUAUGCAGCUCCAGGCUUCACGCAUGAGUUUAAUGCGCAGCACGACACGCACACCACCUCACGCACAACAGACCCAAAUGUGGAUCUCAACGGCUCAUUUUUCUCACUAAGCUGCACUCAGGACAGAAUCAUGCAAGCUCCAAAACUGACUCAUCUGUAGCAGAAACAUGUGAUCUCCUCCACUCUCCACAAAACAACCUUCCAUGUAAUUUAUGGAAGAUCUGUCCUCAUGCAUGUAGCUAUUU